AUGGCAUACACACAGAUCGACAUCGACCAAGAAGAGCGCGACUUCCAGAAGGAGGUCGAGCAAAUCAAGAAAUGGUGGGCAGAGCCUCGUUGGAAGGGCGUCAAGAGAGUCUACCCGGCGGAGGAGAUCGCCAAGAGACGGUCCACCAUCAAAAACCCUAACGCCUCUGACACCAUGGCCAAGAAGGCGUUCAAGUUGCUCGAGGAGCACCACAAAAAUAGAACUGCGUCGUUCACGUUUGGUGCCUUGGACCCAAUCCACGUGACGCAGAUGGCCAAGUACCUGGACACCGUGUACGUCUCCGGCUGGCAAUGUUCUGCCACGGCCUCCACGUCCAACGAGCCUUCGCCAGACCUUGCCGACUACCCUAUGGACACUGUUCCUAAUAAGGUGCAGCAUCUGUUUUUCGCUCAGCUUUUCCACGACAGAAAACAGAGACACGAGAGAUUUUCCCUGUCCAAGGAGGAGAGGGCCAAGCUGCCGUACAUCGACUUCAUGAGGCCGAUCAUCGCCGACGCCGACACCGGCCACGGAGGCAUCACGGCCAUCGUCAAGCUGACGAAGCUGUUCAUUGAGGCCGGUGCCGCAGGAAUCCACAUUGAGGACCAGGCCGCAGGGACCAAGAAGUGCGGCCACAUGGCCGGAAAAGUGCUCGUUCCUAUCCAGGAGCACAUCAACAGAUUGAUUGCGAUCCGUACCUCGGCCGACAUUUUUGGGUCUGACCUGCUGUGUGUGGCCAGAACAGACUCUGAGGCCGCCACUCUGAUCACCUCCACGAUCGACACAAGAGACCACUACUUCGUUAUUGGUGCCACCAACCCGGACGUGGAGCCUCUGGUGGAAGUGAUGAACAGAGCUGAGCAGGAAGGUGCGUACGGCGCAGAGCUCGAGGAGAUCGAGAAGCAGUGGACCGAGAAGGCAGGCCUGAAACUGUUCCACGAGGCGGUCAUUGACGAGAUCAAGGCCUCUGAUAUCAGGAACAAGGACGAGGCAAUCAAGCAGUUCACCUCGACCGUGACGCCUUUGAGCGGCCACUCGCACAGACAGGCCAGAGAGCUGGCCAAAUCGAUCCUCGGAAAGGACAUUUUCUUCGACUGGGACGCCCCAAGAGUCAGAGAGGGCUACUAUAGAUACCAGGGAGGUACGCAAUGUGCCAUCAACCGUGCCAGAGCGUACGCUCCGUACGCCGACAUGCUGUGGAUGGAGACAAAGCUACCAAUUUACGAGCAAGCCAAGGAGUUUGCCGAGGGUGUUCUUGCCAAGUAUCCAGAGAAAUGGCUCGCGUACAACCUGUCGCCGUCGUUCAACUGGAACGCUGCCAUGUCUCCUGCCGACCAGGAGACAUACAUCAAGAAGCUGGCCGAUCUCGGCUUCAUCUGGCAAUUCAUCACGCUUGCCGGUCUGCACACCACCGCUUUGGCCAUCGACAACUUUGCCCGCGACUACUCCAAGAUCGGAAUGAAGGCCUACGGACAAAACAUCCAGGCCAAGGAGAUCGAGGACGAUGUUGAGGUUGUCAAGCACCAGAAAUGGUCCGGUGCCACAUACAUCGACAGCAUUGUAAAGCUCGUGUCGGGAGGUGUUAGCAGUACUGCUGCGAUGGGAGCUGGCGUGACUGAGUCCCAGUUCCAGAACGGUAAAAAAUGA